GUUGUCCAUAGAAAACCGUAUUUCGAAGGCAAGAGAUUUGAAGGUUUGUUUAAAUUGUUUACGCCCAGGCCAUUCUCAUGUAAAAUGCAGACUUUCAUACUGCCGUUAUUGUAGGUACAAACAUAGUACAUUAUUACAUUUACACAAGCAUGAUGAAACUUCAACUUCAUCUAUGCCUAUGCAAGAGACUGUCGCGUUGACGACGGACAUUGCUCAGUCAGGUUCUGACAAAUUGACAGACUCUAUCGUUCUGUCGGCUAACACUACAUAUAAUACUUCUCCGCAUGUACUUUUAUCAACAGCACUCGUGCGGGUGCGAAAUAACAAGGGCGACGCACACACUGUUCGCCUCCUCUUAGAUAACGGGAGUACAGCAAAUUUUGUCACCAGCGAGUUAUGCGGUAAGCUGGGAUUGUCGAGGCGAGGUGUACGCUCCACGGUAUCAGGUAUCUGUAAUCAAACGUGUAAAACUACAUACUCGUGUCAGCUUACUAUUGAGUCCUUACAUAGUGAUUAUAAAACCGAUAUAAAUUGUCUUAUUUUGCCCGAAAUUACAAAAGCACUGCCGUCCAAACUUGUAAACAUAGAUAGCAUUCUCAUACCUUCAGGUGUACAGUUGGCUGAUCCUUCAUUUAAUAUUCCCGCCGCUGUAGACAUACUGGUAGGUGCAGAGGUAUUCUGGAACGUCAUGUGCAAGAAUUCUAUUGAUUUGGGUAAAAAUAUGCCAAAGUUAUACGAAACAAAAUUAGGUUGGUUAGUUUCAGGUUAUGUAGCACGUGCCAAAACUAAAUCAUACCAGUGUAAUUUCAUAAGUCAAGAUGAUAGUAUAACUCAAUUUUGGGAAUUAGAUUCGAUUUCGCCUAAAUAUGCAUUUACGACUGAAGAACGUGCCUGUGAAAAUAAAUUUAAGUUAGAUACUUACCGUAAUGAAGAAGGCCGUUUCGUUGUGACUAUGCCCUUAAAAAAGGAUCCUCACGAAUUAGGAGAUUCUUACGUGAUGGCUAAGAUCCGUUUCCUUUCUCUCGAAAGAAAGUUCAGUAGAGAUCCUGGUUUUAAAAAUAAAUACUUGGAGUUCUUGCGUGAAUACGAAGAACUCGGUCAUAUGACUGAAAAUACAUUGUCUUUACGUGAUAGUAGUAUUGUAAAUUAUUACCUACCGCAUCACGGUGUAAUUAGGGAAUCAAGUACCACUACUAAAUUACGUACGGUAUUUGACGCUUCUGCAGUUACUACAACAGGGCUGUCUCUCAAUGACAUCCAAAUGAUAGGGCCUACUGUCCAAGACGACCUUGUGUCUAUACUUAUAAGGUUUCGUCAACAUAAAUAUGUGAUUUCGGGUGAUAUUGAGAAAAUGUAUAGGGCUAUAGAUGUUAACCCUUCUCAGCGCUCGUUACAACAAAUAAUAUUUAGAUCAGACCCGUCCCAACCUCUUAAGACAUAUACUUUAAAUACUGUUACAUACGGAGUUGCAUCCUCCCCGUAUUUAGCGACCAAGUGCCUUUCUUCUCUGUCUGAAACUGUUGAUGAUGUACUUGUAAAAAAUUCUAUAAAAAGGGAUUUUUACGUUGACGAUUAUCUCAGUGGAGGGUUUACUGAAGAGGACGUCGUAAAACAGACGAAGGCAGUAAUUAAUGUAUUAUCGUCAGCAAAAUUUAAUUUAAGAAAAUUUAAAUCAAAUAGUCAAGAAAUAUUAAACCAAUUGUUGUCAGAGGAAACAAGUUCAAAUAAUUUUUUAGAUAUAUCUGAAUAUUCUAAUACUCCAUCAAAAACCUUAGGUUUAAUUUGGAGCCCUAAGUGUGAUACGUUGUCGUUUUCAAUAAAUAUUGAAGAUAAAUAUAAAAUCACUAAAAGAAAUAUUCUUUCAGUAAUAAGUCAAAUUUUUGAUCCCCUAGGGCUCGUGGGCCUAGCAGUGGUAGAAGCAAAAAUAAUAUUGCAACAAAUAUGGUCAUUAAAGUUAGGUUGGGAUGAUGAAGUACCAGAAAAUAUAAAAGGACAAUGGACUUCAUUCUCAAGACAGUUAACUUUUUUAAAUAAUAUUAAAAUUCCUAGAUGGGUACUGCAAGAUGAUUUCUGUAAGGUAGAAUUACACAUUUUUUCUGACGCCUCUGAGCGUGCUUACGGGUCGUGUAUUUACGCUCGUUCUAUAACUAAAGAUGGUGUUGUAUAUGUUAACUUGAUUUCAUCCAAAAAUAAAGUAGCACCAAUGAAACCAACAACGAUGCCACGCCUUGAGCUUUGUGCAGCUCUCUUAGCAUCAAGGUUAUGCGCUAAAGUUAGGAAUUCUAUAACGUUAGAGGUUAGUUGCAGAUACUGGUGUGAUUCCACCAUCGUAUUAGGGUGGCUAAAAACCCCUGUACAUCGUUUAAAACCUUUUGUUCGCAAUCGCGUGAACGAAAUUAAUGAAAAUAGUGUAAACUGCACCUGGAGCUACGUGCCUUCCCUCGAUAAUCCCGCGGAUCUCGUUUCUCGCGGGGUGAAGGCUGAUCUUGUCAGCAAUUUGUCACUGUGGUGGUUUGGCCCCCAGUUUUUAACCUGUAAUGAGGAGUUAUGGCCAAAAAUACCUAACUCAAGUGAGACACGAGAUCUACCAGACGUAGUCUGUCAUCUAAGUCAGGAGUCCAAUUCUGAUAUAGAGAAUACGAAUAUUGUGUCUUCACUUAUACACAAACAUUCAAAUCUCACUCGUCUUAUUCAUACUCUCGCUUACAUACAGCGGUUUAUAAAAAAUUGUAAAAAUAAAAAUAAUAAAUGCAAAGAGUGUUUAACUUCAGAUGAAAUACGUGAAUCUUUAUUUAUUAUUCUUAGGCAGGGUCAGGUUGAAAUGUUUCCUGAAGAAUAUAAAAUCUUAAAAAAUAACGGCAAGUUACCAUCUAAAAAUAGACUAUUGUCUUUGACCCCGUUUAUUCAUUCAGACAAUUUAAUUAGAGUAGGAGGAAGGCUUGACAAAUCUCCUUACUCAUAUGACCAAAAGCAUCCGAUUCUUGUAUGCUGUAAACAUUAUUUAACUAAAUUAAUCUUUCGUAGACAACAUUUAAAGCUCUUACAUGCAGGUCCGCAACUUUUACUUUCGGACAUAAGGCAGUCAUACUGGGCUCUAGGUGGUAGGAAUCUGGCUAGGUUUAUCGUUAAAAAAUGCGUCACAUGUUUUAGGCACAAAAGUCAAACUUUACAGCCCAUCAUGGGCCAAUUACCUGUGUCUAGAACCAAAUUAGAAUUUCCUUUUCUUCACUGUGCAGUUGACUAUGCCGGGCCAAUUUUGAUAGCCGAUCGAAAAGGUCGUGGUUGCAAGUUAAUUAAAUCAUACCUGUGUAUUUUUGUAUGCUUAGCAGUGAAGGCAGUUCACUUGGAGCUCGUCACGGACCUGACUAAAGAUUCUUAUUUAGCUGCUUUGCGCCGUUUUAUUAGUCGUCGCGGCAAACCCAAAACGAUAACCUCAGAUAAUGGGACCAAUUUCGUAGGCGCAUGCAAUGAACUAGAAAGUUUUCUUUCUCAACGUAACCUUACUGAGGAUUUAGCCGAUGAAGGUAUUACUUUCUUUUUUACACCUGCAUAUUCCCCUCAUUUCAAUGGGAUGGCUGAAGCUGCUGUCCGAUCGACGAAACAUCAUUUACGUCGAAUACUGAAUUUAACUCAUUUAACCUAUGAAGAAAUGUCAACUUGUCUCACUCAAGUCGAAGCGAUAUUAAACUCGCGGCCUUUAAUCCCUCUUUCCUCAGAAACUAAUGACUUUUCUGUCCUGACUCCUUCACAUUUUUUGAUUGGACGAACUCUGACUUCCGUGCCACAUCCACAAAUCGCCGACAACGUGAAUAUCACAUUGCUGCAGCGUCAUAAGCGAGUCGAAGCUAUAAAACAACAUUUUUGGAAUAGAUUUACCAAUGAAUAUAUCUGCACUCUUCAACAGAAGACAAAAUGGAAACAAACUAAGAAUGAUAUCGAGAUGAACUCGCUUGUUUUGAUCAAAGACAAGUCAACGCCGCCUCUGCUCUGGUCUCUCGGUCGUGUCAUUCAAGUCUAUCCUGGAGCGGAUGGUAUUAACCGUGUCGCCGAAGUAAAAACCAUGAAAGGGACUAUAAGAAGAGGCUGGAAUAACCUAUGUGCUCUUCCUCUAGAUGAUGACCUGAUGUAACUUUGAAGCUUCAUAUGCUUAUCAGGUCCUUGAGACCUUCAUUCAGAUGAUCUUCAACCCGGGGAGUGCUGUCUACGCGCAUGCGCUGUGACGACGAGCUCGCGCCUGCGCGAUGUUUCUUUUCUUUAAAAAACAAAUGCUGUCAUGGACGAUUCUUGGCUGUUGGAUUUUGAAAUGUAUUGCUCGUAAUUUACCAGCCCUUAAAUAAAAUAAUCUUUGUCAAAUACCGAGUAUAAUUAUUUAUAAAUAUAUACUCAGACAAGAU